CCUCGCAUACUCUACAUAACCACUCAUUCUCAUGAAACUGAUCUCCGUUGGUUGCCCAGCAACAAGCCUCGCUUAGCUGGGCAAAACAACGGAGAUUCAGUAAAUGACCCAGCUUGAACACUGACCAGCAGAUUUGUAUAUAAUACCCCUGAAUGCAUGAUUCCCUUCAUCUGAAUCCUUCUAACACUGCUCCUGUGUGGAUGUAUGAACGAAUGUGUACUCCUGGGAAUUAGAAACUAGUCACUAACUGUUUUCAGUUAUGACUACUAUGCCUUCUCUUACACCUUUAUACUAACAGCAUGAUAAUGUGUCUCGUUUUUUGCUUCCUUGAGUUUGUUUCAUUUCCUAGCUGGGAGUGCCGCGACAAUUGUCUUCAUUAUUUUCCUGGUGGUGUUAACGUAAGGUUCUGUGUGUCGUUGGGAUAGAGGGAGGGGGCACUCCUGGUCACCUGAUAAUGGGUGGCGGUGUAGAAAAAAAAAAAAAAAAAAACGAAUGCAUAGGUGUAUUGUCACAUGUAUUGCACAUGUUUCCUGAGGGGUGUUCACGGGCACCGCACACUGCUGCGUGCGCUGUGUGCGGUGCGUCCAGCAGGCGUGGGGGUAGGGGAUGGGUAGGCGGUUCUGACGUCACGGCUGCGUGCGGUGGACGGUCCGCUGUGGCCAGUCCCGACCGGCCACAGCGAUCGCUGUGUGCGGUGACGGAAGGCUGACGUAGGGACGCAGUGGGCGGAGCUUGGAGGCUGUGUGCGGUCCGACCGCACACAGGGCCCGUGAACAGCCCUCUGAAAAACUUGUGCAAAUCCACCCAUUCAUUCAUCAUCCUCUUCCUCUUUUUCCGGAUACAUGCCCAUUUUGAGGUGGAUGUGGGGUGCUAAGGAACAGGGAAGAAAAAAUAAAAAAUAAAAUCUGAAUACAAUUUAAUUAAGUAGGCAUGAAAAACACCAAAUUCCACAUAAAAUGCUGAUUAUUUUCUGUUUGUUAUGGAAAUGGACUCUGCUGCUGCAGCGCCCCUGGCGCCCGACGACAGAACUAAUGGAGAGGCAGCGCCUCUGGCGGAUGGCGGCGGAAACGUCCCGGAUACGGACGGCUACUUCAGCAGCUAUGAGAGCUUUGAGGUGCACCGUCUAAUGGUGGGUGACAAGCCGCGAACGGAGGCGUACCGAGCGGCCAUCCAGGCCAGCCGCCAUCUGUUCCAGGACAAGGUGGUGCUCGAUAUCGGCGCCGGUACAGGCAUUCUCUCCCUGUUCGCGGCUCAAGCAGGAGCGCGACGAGUCUAUGCCGUCGAGGCGUCCGGCUUUCACGAGCUGGCGCGUCAGAACGCCGAGCGGAACGGUUUCGGAGAUGUGGUGCGGGUGGUGCACGGCCGAAUUGAGGAUGUGGCGCUGCCCGAACAGGCCGAUGUGAUAGUCUCCGAGUGGAUGGGCUUCUACCUGCUGCAUGAGUCCAUGCUCGACUCGGUCAUCGUCGGCAGAGACAGGUUCCUGGCGCCGGACGGAGUCAUGUUCCCCGACGUGGCGCGUCUGUACGCCUGUCCGUCGACGCUGGCCGCGUUCCACUGUGACCAGCUGCAGUGCUGGAGCCGACCGUACGGCCUGGACCUGACGGCGGUCGGAGAGGCGGCCCGCCGCAGCAUGCAACAGGCCCCGCAGGUGCUGGACACCCACCCGGAGGAGCUGCUGGCGGCUCCGGAGCUGGUGCUGGAGCUGCACCUGCAGUACGUCACAGCCGAGGAGCUGGCGGCCGUCACGUGCCGGCGUUUCGUGACGGUGACGCGGCCGGGCCCGUACCGCGGCCUGUGCCUGUGGUUCGAGUGCCACUUUCCGGACGGCAGUCGGCUGGACACGGCCCCGCGCGCUCCCUCCACCCACUGGAGACAGACGGCGGUGGUGCUGCCCACGGACUACCCUCUGGAAGUGGAUACGGUCAUAGGCUGGGAGCUGACCCUGGCGCGGGAGGCAGGCGGCGGCAGAAAGUACCGCAUCGCGCUCAGCAUGCUGGAUGAGGACGAUGAGCACCCGGUGCCGUGUGGCUGCGCCGUGGGGAAGUGCCGACUGAUCAAGGCGCUCAUAGAUAAGGAGGACGCCGAGUGUGACGAGGGGUGACCGUGACGUCAUACGAGCGGGGGGACAGUGUUGUUUUGAUACGUGAUGCAAUACAAUAUGUGAUGAUUCGUUAAUGUUGGAUGUUGUGUUGACAGUGGCAGGAUAUUCGGCUACACCUCAUGGUCUCAGUGCAGAUUCACUAAUUAGUAGCGUAUCGGUGCAAACAUCGGGUCGUGCAGCUGGAUACUGAUGGCUUCGACCGAGACUGCUUGUGGAAAUGUGUGCUUCCAACUCAGCGGCCGAGACAUGAUCUGAGAGUGAUAACCUACUGCCUAGUCUUCUCAUUCAUUUGACAGUGACACUGCUCGUACUUUACAACCUUCAUCAUCUUCAGCUGCAUGACGCCAACAUUGUGUGAUGCUGUACAAGGGUGUUGAUUGCCUCCAUCUGUAAGCAGUUACUUGAAGUUUUUAAGCGGAAUGAACUGUGGUAAACGACGGCGAAACCUUUUCUUACGGAUGUAUCUCUUUUCUUAUUCCGUGAUGAUUUGUGGUCGUGAGAAACUAAUAUGCAAGAAUUUCGGUCAAGACGUCAGUUAAUGCAAUUAAGUUUCCUAUGAGCUCACGUCGACUUUGUUUUCAUUUACAUUUCUUAUGGGGAUUGAAGAUCGUGUCCUCAUUCACCAUAGCGAAAGAGAUCAUCACUCCUGGAGAAUAGACCAAAUAAACAUGUCUUUGCCAGA